AUGACAUACAAGAAUGAUAAUGGAUCAUAUUACUUCACUCCAUGUACAAUGUUCAAUGAUCAACAACCAUGUGGAGCACUAACCGCUGAAACAUCAAUCUGUGAGGUAUCGAUCAAACUAAAGAUGCAAAAGGCAUUAGGUUUCAUCCAAGAUGUCAGUGAACCAAUCAAACAACUUGGAGAACUUACAUUGCUCUACUCUAAAGGAUCAACAUGUAACAAUGGAGUGGACACUACAACCAGUUCUUACGUGACAUUUGUCUGUGACAAACAGUCACCAGGUGUUUUGGUGUCAGCCUAUGCUGCCGACGACUGUACAUAUUAUCUUCAAGUUGGCUCGCAUAUGUUUUGUCGUUCGGGUAAAUUAUCUGGCGGAGACAUCUUCCUCAUUGUAGUUGGAUCAUUAACAGGAGCCUACUUCAUUGGAGGAGUGAUAGUAUUGUUGUACAUUGGUGAGCGUGGACUUGAUGUAAUACCAAAUCGUCAAGUCUGGUGUAAAUUCUUUGGACUCGUCGGUGAAGGUGCAGUCUACGUCAAAUGCAAGGUCACUGGAAACACAAACAACAAGUACCAAAGUCUAGACUCGCCUGCCUUUCGUAGUUAG